AUGGAGGGUGUAGGGUUUAUGGAGGAAGUAGGGGGUGCGUUUGAAGCUCCCAAGACCCCUCAAGCGGAUGAUGAGAGUGGUGAGGUGCGUGAGUGGAAGAGAGGGAAAUUUGGGGCGGAGGAAGAAGAGGAGGACGAGGAGGAGGGGAGGGAGGAAGUGGAGAAGGAGCAAGAGGCUGAAGAGGAGGAGGUGGAGAAAGAAAGGCAGGAGGAAAUGAGCUGGCAUAGUGAAGGUAACGGUGUUGGGGAGGAGGAAUUACAGGUGGAAGCAGUGAUGGAAGGGGCUGCUGAGGUGGCAGCAGCUGACGUGGCAGCUGAUGUUGUCGUUGAUGUGGCACCUGAUGCGGCAGCUAAUGUAGUAGCUGACGUGGCGGCAUACGUAGCAACAGAUGCAGCGGUCGAGACUGAGGCAGAAACGGAAGCGGAAACAGUAGCAGAAGCUGAAGCUGGAGUUGCUGCAGGGGAAGAAGUAGGUGCCGAGUUAGAAGGAGAAGUAGUUGCAGAAGCAGCAGAAUUAGUAGCUAGAGCAGAUCUUGAGUCGGAAGUAGCAGCAAGAGAAGAAGAGCUAGAAGCAGAAGCAGAUUUGGCAACAGCGGUAGCAGCAGAAUCAGAAGUAGAAGCGGGAACAGAUUUGGCAACAACAGUGGUAGCAGCAGGAGCGGAAGUAGAAGCGGGAACAGAUUUGGCAACAACAGUGGUAGCAGCAGGAGAGGAAGUAGAAGCAGGAACAGAUUUAGAAGCAAAGUUAGCAGCAGAAGCAGGAGAGAUGCAAGCAGGAGCUGAGUCCAAAACAGUGAGAGUAGCAGAAGCAAGAGAAGUAGAAGCAGGAGCAGAGUUGGAAACAGAGUUAGCAGCAGUAGCAGCAGAGGUUGAAGCAGAGGUUGAAGCAGAGAUGGAGGCGGAGGCAGCUGCAGAAGCAGGAGAAUUUGAAGCAGGAGCAGCACUUGAGGCAGGGGGGGCAGGAGGAGCUGAGGGUGAAGCAGAAAUCGAAAUGGAAAUAUUAGAGGGGGAAACGGCUUUUGAGGCGCCUAAAAAAACGCAGGUGGCUUCAGAAGCAGCAGAUUUUGAAGCAGGAGCAGGUUUUGAGGCAGAGGUAGCAGCAGGAGCUGAGGCUGAAGCAGAAAUGGAAAUGGAGAGAGGAGAGGGGGGAGCAGAAGCAGAAGUAGAGGAGGCUGAAUUAGCAGCAGACGUAGCAGCAGACGAGGAGGCUAUGCUCCCGAGAGAGGCUGGAUUGGAGGCAGAGGCAGAAGGCAUUCCAGCAGAUGCGGAGGCAGAAACAGAGACAGAAACACGAGCAGAUGAAAAGGCUAUGCUGCAGGAAGCGGCUGAGGCGGAGGUAGGAGCAGACGAAUCUGAGUUAGCAGCAGCUGCAGCAGCAGAUGUAGAGGUAGAGGUAAGAGCCGAUGAGGAAGUUACGCUUCAGGGAAAGGCUGGGGUGGAGUUGGAGGUAGAGGCAGGAGCAACAGAGGCAGUAGAAACCCCAACAGCAGCAGAUGCAGCAGCAGGCGUAGCAGCUGGUGCGGAAGCAGAAACAGAGGCAGAGGGAGCAGAGGAAAUGGAGGUAAGAGGGGAGGAGGUAGAGGAAGGAGGAGAGGAAGCGGAGGGAGGAGGAGAGGAGGUGGAGAUAGGAGGAGAGGAAGCGGAGGGAGGAGGAGAGGAGGUGGAGGUAGGAGGAGAGGAGGUGGAGGUAGGAGGAGAGGAAGCGGAGGGAGGAGGAGAGGAAGCGGAGGCAGGAGGAGAGGAAGCGGAGGCAGGAGGAGAGGAGGUGGAGGUAGGAGGAGAGGAGGUAGAGGGAGGAGCAGAGGAGGCAGAGGCAGAGAUAGAGGCUGAGGGAGAGACGGUUGUGUACUUGGAAACAGGUGACGGAAUAGGAGAAGCUGCUGGGAUGGAGGCAGAGGGAGCAGAGGAGGUGGAGAUAGGAGGAGAGGAAGCCGAGGGAGGAGGAGAGGAGGUAGGAGGAGAGGAGGUAGGAGGAGAGGAGGUAGGAGGAGAGAAGGUUGCUGCUCUUCAUCCACCCAAAAGCAGCUCCAUUCUGACCACCCCCACUCUUGCUGCCCUCCCCACUGCUCCUGAGUCGACUCAAAAGGUAGGAGGAGAGGAGGUAGGAGGAGAGGAGGUAGAAGGAGAGGAGGCGGAGGUAGGAGGAGAGGAAGCGGAGGUAGGAGGAGAGGAGGUAGAAGGAGAGGAGGCGGAGGUAGGAGGAGAGGAAGCGGAGGUAGGAGGAGAGGAGGUGGAGGUAGGAGGAGAGGAGGUUGGUGCUCUGCAUCCACCCAGAAGCACGGCCACUGGGCUGGACACAGCCCAUGCGCUGGUGGUGUCUCUUGCCCUGCAACGAGCUAAGGCCCGCGCUGCUGCUGCCGCUCCUGCUGUGGCUGCUGCAGCUACUGCUAUUGCUGCUGCUGCUGCUUCGGCUGCUGCUGCUGCUUCGGUCGCUGCUGCUUCGGUCGCUCCUGCUUCUGUCGCUCCUGCUGCUGCUCUUGCUGCUGCUCUAGCUGCCGCUCCUGCUGCUCCUGCUCCUGCUUCUGCUGGUGGUAGCGCUGCUGCCCUUGCCACAUCUACUGCGACUGCGCCUUCCACCCCUGCUGCUGCUUCCCUUGGAUGGCCCGCAACAGCACAGGCCACGUCAUCACCACCAAUGGCAUCACUGAGAUUGCAACCACCACUAGCAGCACCACCGCUAGCACCACUAGCAGCAGCACCACUGGCACCACCAUCGCUAGCACCACCGCCACUAGCACCACGACCACCACCACCAUCCCGAAUCCGAUCACCAUGGGGGGAUGAGGAGCUGCCUCCAGCAGCAGCAGCAGCGGUAUGUGUAGCUGCAUGGCAUGCAUGGGCCGGCGGUGCCGGCAUGGGGCGAGCCACGCCUGCUCUUGCUCCUCUGCCUGCUCCUGCCCUUGCCCCGCUGCCUCCUCUUGCCCCUCUGCCUGCUCUCGCUCCGCUACCUUCGGUUCCUUUUACCGCUGCCAAUAGAAAGCCUGCUGCAGCGGCAGCUUUCGAGGUGUCUCAUAAGUCAGCAGGUGCUGUUGGUGCUGUCGAUAGUAAGCCUGCUGCAUUGGCACCGGCGGGGGGAGAAGCAGUAGGGCUAGUUUCAGCAAGUGGGGUGGGGAGAGGGAUUGGCAGAGAGAAGACAGCAGUGUGUGGAGCCAGCACCUUGGGUAGUGGAGGAGAGAUUGGGAGGAUUUCCGAGGCUCCUCACGAAGCAGGUGCUGCUGCUACAGCGGUUGAGAUAGACGGAGGGAUUGGCAGAGAGGAGGUGAUGGGUGGGGCUUGCAAGCAGGGGAGGGGAGGAGCUGGGAUUGGCGUUGAGGAAAUGGAGGAUGUAUCCCGCCUUCCCCCCAUAGGUGCAGCUGCUUCUCUCCCCCCCAUUGGCGCAGCAGCAUCUCUUCCCCCCAUCCUUCCCCACAUGCCCCACUCUUUCCCCUUCAACCCCUUUCUCCCCUUCCCCCUUGGCCCCUUCCCUCCCCUUGGUUACAACUCGGGUUACCACCAGCUCACUCCCGCUCAAAUGCUCUUCCUUAACAGAACUGCUGGAUUUGGAAAUGUUUCUACUUUUGGAAAUGUUUCCAAUUGGGGAAAUGCUGGGCCUGGUGCAGCUGGUGAGGGGAAUCGGUUUCCUGGUGCUGCUGGUGAGGGGAAUCGUUUUCCUGGUGCUGCUGGUGAGGGGAAUCGUUUUCCUGGUGCUGCUGGUGAGGGGAAUCGUUUUCCUGGUGCUGUUGAUGCAGUUGAUUCAGAAGCGAGCGUGGAUGUGAGGGAGAUGACGCGAGUCAAGAAGGCAGAUGAGGUGGAAGCAGGUGUGAGUGUGCUGAAAACGCUGCUUGGUUAUGGGACGGAUGAGGAGGAAGAAGAGGAGGAGGGAGGUAAGGGAGGGGAAGGAGAUGAGGCAGUAGGAAAGGAAGAUGGUGCUACUGUGGCUGCAGCUGCUGCUGUAUUUGAGGCGCCGAAACAAUCAGUAGUGACAGCAACAUCUGUCAUGGUCACUACAACUGCUACUGCUUUUGAGGCGCCUCAAAAACAGGGGCUUAAGACAUCGGCGGAGGAAGAGAAUGGGGCCGGUGGGGCGAGUGGUGUGAGGAAAGGGGUUGGAGCAGCAGGAGAGGGGGACGAGGAGAGAGUGAAAAGUCAGAAGGGCGUUGCAUUGGGGGAAGAGGCUGGGAGGAAGCAGGAAGGUGGGGCUGCUGGGGCGAGUGGGGCUGCUGGGGCGAGUGGGGUCGGUGGGGCCGGUGGGGCCAGUGGUGUGAGGAAAGGGGGUGGAGCAGCAGGAGAGUGGAAGGAGGAGAGAGUGAAAAGUCAGAAGGGCGUUGCAUUGGGGGAAGAGGCUGGGAGGAAGGAGGAAGGUAGGGUCGGUGGGGCGAGUGGAGUGAGGAAAGGGAAUGGAGCAGCAGGAGAGGGGGACGAGAAUGUGAAAAGUCAGAAGGUCGCUGAAUCGGUAGAAGUGACAGGGAAAAAGGAGGAGGAGGGUGUGGCAGGUCGGGCCGGUGGGACACGUUGGGUUGAUGGGGCUGGUGGGGUGCGAAACGGGAGUGGCGCAGUAGAGGGGGAAGAAGAGAGAGGAGAAGGGCGAAAAGGGUCUGAGGUGGAACACAAGUCAGGGAGGGAAGGGGAGAGGGGGGGGGAUGGUGCGCAGAGAGAGGGUGGGGCAAGAGGAGGAGGAGGAGGAGGAGUGGGGGGAGGGGGAGGUGGUGGUGAGGGAAGAGUGGGAGGAGAACGUGAGAGUAAGGGCGGUAAGGACGGAAAGAGUGGCAGUAAAGCGAAUGGCAAAAGCAGUGGUAACAAUCGGGAUGCUGGCAGGGGGAGCGGUGGUGGUGCUGGUGGUGGUGGUAGUGGCAGGGGAGAGAAGGCGGGACAGAGAGUAGGAUCGACCAGAAAUGGAGGGAUAGUUGGUGGUGGAGGGGGUGGUGGGGGGGGUGGUGGUGAUGAUGAUGGGGAUGGUGAUGAUAAUGCUAGGGAUUGGGACCGGAAACGAGCUCUGGGGAGUGAUAAGGGCAAGGGAGGGAGGAGGAAAGGGGAAGAGGAGGAGGAGGGUGAGGAAGGAAGGGAGAAGAAGCGAAGGAAGGAGGUGGAGAAGCGUGGGGAGGGGAGAGACGCGAAGAGAGGUGAGGAACAGGGGAGAGACGCGAAGGGAGGUGAGGAACAGGGGAGAGACGCGAAGAGAGGUGAGGAACAGGGGAGAGACGCGAAGAGAGGUGAGGAACAGGGGAGAGACGCGAAGAGAGGUGAGGAACAGGGGAGAGACGCGAAGAGAGGUGAGGAACAGGGGAGACGAAAUGUAGAGAUAGAGAAGGGUGGGAAGGUGGAGGGUAAGGGAGGUGGUGUGUGUGUGGGUCAUCAAGGGGAGGAGAGGAGGGAGGAGAAGAUGGAGGAGAGGAGAGAGGAGAGGAGGGAGGAGAAGAGGGAUGAGAAGAGGGAUAAGAAGAAAGAGGAAAGCGGACGGAGUGAUAAGAGAAAGGAGGAGGAUAGAAGACGGGAGGAGGUUAGGCAACGGGAGGAGGAUAGGAGAAGGGAGGAGGAUAGGAAAAGGGUUGAAAAGGGAGGACGAAAGGAGGAGGAUAAAGGAAAAAGGGAGGAAGAUAAGGGGAGGGGGGAUGCAAAAGGAAGGAAUGGGGAAGGGAGAAAAGAGGAUCUCAGGAGAAAGGAGGAUGAUAAGAAACGGGAGGAGGAUAAGCGAAAUACGGACGAACGGGGAAUGGAGGAGGGAAAGAGAAAGGAAGAGGAGAGAAGAAGGGAGGACGAGGAGAGGAAGCAGGAGGGAAAGAGAAAGGAGGAGGGAAGGAGAAGGGAGGAGGGAAGGAGAAAGGAUGAGGAAAGGAGAUCGGAGGAGGAAAGGAAAAGGGAGGUGGUUGGUAAGGAUAGUGGAAGUGAGAGGGCGGGUGUUUUGCACAGAAGGGAAGAGGACAGAAGGGGUGUUUUGCAGAUGAGGGAAGAGGGCAGAAGGGGUGUUUUGCAGAUGAGGGAAGAGGGUAGACGGGGUCUUUUGCAGAGGGAGGGUAAGGUGGGCGAGUUGGAAGAGGUGAGGAGGGAUGAGAGGAAAGAGGAGAGGAGGGAGGAAAAGAAGGAUGGGAGGAAAGAGGAAAGGAAGGAUGAGAGGAAAGACGAGAGGAGGGAUGAGAGGAAAGAGGAGAAGAGGGAUAAUCAGAGUGUUAAGGAGGCAGGAGAAAGGGAUAAAGAGAAGGGGGAGAGUAUAAGUGGGGCGAGAAAAGAAGGGGAGAAGGAGCAAAAGGAGAAGAGAGGACGAUUGGAUGGGAAGGAGCAUGAGCAGAAGAGGGAAGGAAGAGGCAUGGAUCACGAUACAGAGGAGGAGAGGAAGAGGAGGAAGGUGGAGGAGGAAGGGCACUGUCACGUGCCAGUGGGGGCAGAGAUGGAGAGAAGGGAGAGGAAAAGGGGAGAGAAGGAGAUUAAGGAGAAGGAGAAGAGGGAGAAGGAGAGGAGGGACAAGGAGAGGGAAGAGAAGGAGAGGAGGGAGAACGAGAGGGGAGAGAAGGAGAGGAGGGAGAGGGAAAGGGGAGAGAAGGAGAGGAGGGAGGGGGAAAGGGAAGAGAAGGAGAGGAGGGAGAACGAGAGGGGAGAUAAGGAGAGGAAGGAGGGGGAGAGGGGGGUAAAAGAGAGGAGUGAGCAGGAGACGAGAGGGAAGGAGAGACGAGAGGAAGGGAGAGAGAAUGAGAGAAGAGAAAAGGAGAGGAGAGAAAAGGAGGGGAGAGAAAAGGAAGGGAAAGGAGAAAAGGAGGAGAGGAGAGAAGCAGUGGAGAGGGGAAAAGGUGAGGAAAGUAAGGACAAAGAGACCAGGAGAGAAGGGGAUACUAGGGGAACGGAUAAGCAUGACAAUAAGAAGAUGCGUGACGAGAGUAAGACGCAUGGUGAUGGGAAGAAGGAAGAGGGUAGGGAGGAUGGGAGGGGUGAAAAGCUUGGGCGAGUGUCUGAGACACGUCAGAAAAUGGAGAAGGGUGUGGGGAAGGAGGAGGGAAGGGAUGUGGGGAAAGGGGAUGGAGGGCAUGGGAAGCGGCAAAGGGAGCGUGAGUGCAGUGAGGAGGAAACUUCAAGUGAUAGUGAUUUCAGUGAGAGUGAUUCUAGUGAGAGUGAUUCGACUGAGGAUAGUUCUCAGGAGGGAGGGUUGAAGAAGAGGAGGAGGAGGGGCGGAAAGAAGGAGGACAGGAGAGGAAAGCGGGUGAAGGGGAAGGGAAAAGGGAAAGUGAAGGGGAAGAGGGAAAAGGAAAACGAAAAGGGAAAGGAGAAAGGGAAGAAGAAAUCUGGGAGGGAGAAGGAGGGGGGUGAGGAGGGAAAGGCAGGGAAGGCAAUCAAGAACGAGGUGGGAGAUUUGGAGGAGGAGGAGGAGAAGGAGGAAGCGGAGGGCAUGAGCCCGCCUUUUCCCAGUGGAGGGGGUUUUCCAAGUAGUGGGGGUGCGUUCCCUGGUGGCAGCGGCAGUUUGUUGCACACCCCAGGCGUUCCAACCCCCCUUGCUGCACCGCACCAUACCCAUGCCAACCCCCUUGCACUGCAUCAAACACACACCAACCCGCUAGUAGCACACCAUGCACUGCUGCAAGCCCUGCGUGCUGCUCCCCGUCCCCCCCACUCAGGCGGGACAAGUGGAUUCAAUAUAGGCACAGGUGCCUCCGCCGGUGGUUCGGCCGAACCUGGAACUGGCUCCGGCGGCCUGGGUGCAGGUGGUGAGGUGGAGCGGCAGGAGGGGGAGGGAUUGGGGGAGGGUGACGGGGAAGAGGAGGGGGAGGGGAGGGAGGGUAGGAGGAAGGUGCAUUUUUCAGAUGACAUGGAGGGAGGGGAGGGAGGAGAAGGAGGGGAGGGAGGGGAGGGGGGGGAGGGGGGGGAGGAAUGGGAGGAGAUGGAAGGGGAUGAGGAGGAAGAGGGAGAGGAGGGGGGAGAGAGGAGGGUGAGGAGGAAGAAGGGAGUGGUGAUUGACGAUCGAUACCUGGUUGAUGUGAAAGACGUCAAGAACAGUGUGAAAGAAGCAAUCAAGGCGAUGCGCAGCAGGAGCAGCAUCAACCGGCGAGUUGCUUCCCUCACCACUCUGGGCGUGUCAGGGCCAGCAGCCAGGGCAGCGGAGCAGUCACAGCUCUCUUACUCCUUCCUCUUCUAA